AUGUCAACUGCGGAAUGCCUGGAAUCGGUCAUACAGAAGCCAAUUCUGCGCCUCGGUGUCAGAAAUCGCUUCGUGCAAGACGCAAAGGCUCCAGCCAGGGCCCAUUCGUCAGACCCGUCAGGCCAUUCAACGGCGUUUGACGCGGCCCCUCCCACAAACCUGCUCCUUGCCCCUUGGGGCGACGUGCAGCGAAGCCCAACAUCACGUCCGCAAGGCGAAGCGAGGCGGCCUUUGGGCUCCAGGACCGGCUUCCAGGGCCUGGCCGGUUCCGUCAGCCAUCAAAUCGCCUUGACACGCCGCCAAUGGGCGUCCGGCAAGGCGUGA